AUGGUCGUAGACCUCUUGAACCGUGAUUCUGGUGCCCUUCGUCUCUUGGAUGAUCCCGAGAAAGGUACAGUGGUGGAGAAGCUGACGGAGGAGGUCGUAAGAAAUAGUCAGCAUCUUAGGAGCUUAAUUGCUACUUGUGAAGAUCAAAGGCAAGUUGGUGAAACAUCUUUGAACAAUUACUGGUCAAGAUCACAUCAGAUAAUCAGAGAUAAUCAGACUGAAUAUGAGAAUGGAUUUUGGAAGGUGUAUAAGUUGGUCGAGGAGCAUAGUCAUGAACUUGUUGAACGUCCUGAUAAGCAUUUUCUUCCAACUGAAUGGCAUCUCACUCAGCUCGAGAAGCAUGUUAUACACAGCAUGUCUAAGCUGAAUUUGGGUCCUGUCAAGGUGUUUAAUGUUAUGAAGACUUGUUUUGGUGGUUUUGAAGAUGUGGGCGCAAGCAAAGUUGAAUUUAAGAACUAUAAGAGAUACUCUAUGGUGUUUGUACCGUUCACUGGUAUAGACAAUCAUCACUGCAAUGUUACAUUUGGUGCAACAUUGUUGGCGUCGGAAACUACUGAUACGUAUAUUUGGUUGUUAAGAUUUUUUCUUAAAGUUGUUGGUUCUCAGCUAAAAGUUGUUGUCACUGACCAAGAUCCAGCGAUUAAAAAGGCUAUUUCUGCUGUAUUUGUUGACACGAGGCAUCGGUUAUGCAUGUGGCAUGUGAUGCAUAAACUUUCUCUGAAGGUUGGUGUUAGGCUAUGCAAUUCCACCAAUUUUAAAGAACGUAUCUGUGGUGUUGUGUGGACGGAUAUUCUCACACCUGAAGAGUGUGAAUUAGAAUGGGAAAUGGUUAUUGCAGAAUUCAAUUUAGAAGAUAAUGACUGGUUAUCUGAUAUUUUUUCACUUAGGGAAUCUUGGAUCCCUGCGUACUAUAGAAUGGAGCCUAUGUCUGGUCUUAUGCGAACGACAUCCAGGUCGGAGAGUGAGAAUCAUUUUUUUGGUCAAGUGUGCAAUUCGAAAGCUACUCUUGUUGAGUUCAUGACGCAUUAUGAGACUGCAAUAGAAGCACAACGUCACACACAUCGUAAAAAUGAUCAUGAAUCUCGAUACAAAAGACCCCUGUUUAAGAGUAGUUACAAAGUGUUGGAAGGGCAAGCUGUUGAUAUAUAUACAAAAAGUAUUUUUUGUGAUGUUCAAGCUGAGCUUAUUGGAGUUGCGGAUUGCAUAAAUCAAUGUUACGAAGAUCAGCCUGAUGGGUUGUUAAGUUUUAUGUAA